UCCGGAAGUCCGUAAUGUUGACAAACCACAUCGCAUCACAUCGCAUGUCGCAGAGUUGUUGUUGUGAAGAGAAGUGGUGUGGAUUGACUUUGCUCUAGCGAAAAUGUCGUUUAUUUUGGGUCCCUACGAUAACAGGGACGAUGGGGACACGGGGACCAAUCAUCAAGACUGCCCCGGGGAAGAUGAACUCUUCGCCUUCGGCUACGCCUGCAAGUUGUUCCGAGACGACGAUAAAGCUUUGCUGGAGAGCUCUGGACAGCUACUGAUCCCCUGGAUGGGGGACGGCUCUCUAAUGAUCGACAGGUACGACCUUCGGAACCGUCUGGAGGACAAGAAUCAGUUUGGACUGAAGCCGAUCCUGCCUCGCCGGAGGACGCAGGAGGAAGAUGACCUGGAGGAGAUGUUGGACAAGGACAGAUACUUCUCACUGGGGAUUGAUGUUCUUGAACACCAGCUCCUGGAAGAAGAGUCCAGGAAGAGACGGAGCGAGCAGCGAGGUGGGUACCAGGCCGUCGGUUUCGCCUACAAGGAGAGCGCAGUUGCACCACCGAAUCACGCAGUGACGAGCUCUCUCCCUCUGCGCCGUGCAGAGCACCCACCGACCUCAACUGUCGACGUGGCCGAGACUGAGGCCGAGCGGUUCCUCCCUCCCGUGGGUCUAGACAUACCUGGACACAUACAACAGGUCGCUUGUGUUCUGAAAAUGGCACAUGAUUUGCAGAUGGCUCCUUCCCUGGACACGGAGCAGGGAGGGGCAUGGCAGCCCGUCGACCCCACCCACUACCCCCAACCCUCUCUCGAGAGUCAGCAGUACUCGACAGAGAUGGCUACUGAUGGAGAGCAGCACUACCCUGAGUACAACCCCACCAAUGAAGGGUGUUCCCUGCAUCCUCAGCCGUCCGACUUUGCCAGCCAGAGUAACCUGGAGGCUUACUACCUCAGAUUACGUGCGGAUCACCUGCAGAGCAAGAUGGCUCCUGUUGCCAGCGCUACUGUCACCUUCACCCCGCCGCCCGGCCGUCGCGACCCUGGCCCCCCACCCCCUCCCCCCGACCUGCAACCAAUCAUCGACAAAACUGCCGAAUACGUGGCCAGAAACAGCGAAGGUUUCGAACGGACCGUUCUCGAGAGGCACUGCGGGGACCCAAAAUUCGGUUUCCUGAACCCCUGGGACCAGUACUACCCUUACUACAAGUUCCGGCUGCACAUGAACAAGGAGAAGGCAGCAGAGGAGGCUCUGGCAGCCAUGAAAUCGAACCGCCGACAGAGAGGAGAGGCGCAGUGGGGGAAACAGGUCCAGAAACUCAGUCACAUCGGAUCCGUUUCGUUCAAACUGACGCCAAAAAAGAAGCGGACUGUAUUGGAAACGGGAGUUGUUGAUCUUGGACCGCCUGCUGAAGACGAGGAAGAGGAAGAAGAGGAAGGGGAUAACCCUGUGAUUAUGCAGCAGGAAGGAAUUCAGAACGUGUAUGUAGGUGGUAGGGGAGGAGAGGAGGACGAUCUGUAUGGCGCUGAUGGCGGUGCCUACCAGACAGUGGUUCAGAUGUAUUAUGGAUCAGGCCAUGCUCACUACACCUCAGAAGGAAUGGCGUACAGUGGAAAUGGAGAGUUGGUGGAGGAAGGAGAGGGGGCACCACCAACCAAACGUGCCAAGAAAAACGCCGACAUUGCUGUUAUGGACAACAAGGUUCAGGAAUUCCUAAGUCAAGUAAAAGCUGUAUUGGACACCUAG